AUGUUCAGUGACUCAGUAAAGGACGCAAAGAAGCAGUCUCGUAAAAAAGUUGUUGGUAGCAAGCCUAAGGUUGAGUAUUAUCGUGAAAUAGCCAAGGCAGUUUUUGAUGUCGAGGGUGAGGAAUCAAUUCGAUCAUUUUUCCCUUGGUGGGACACACUGAAUGGUUGGUGGUCCGAGCAUCCCAAGUACGCAUUUCAGAUGGUGUCAAACUCAGUAAGCGGUGUUGAAAAGAUGGUUGGCAACUUGGAGCAAGCUGUCUCCAGUCCUGCUGAGCUUGACAAGCAGGUUCUGGAUGAGGAAGAUGAGAAUGGUCUUGAUUCAGUCCGGGGAACUACUUCCCAUCCACCCUCACUUUCCAGGUCAUCUCCACCUCUUGAAUCUCCGAUCUUGUUCCAACCCAGCCCACUUCCUCACAUUGAUCCAGCACUUCUUGACAUGGAACCACCACUUUUCUGCAUGGAUCUACCACUUCCCCAUGUGGACCCACAGCUCCCUGAUAUCAAGCCAGGGCUGGAUUUGGAAGAUCCUAGCAUGCCAUCCCAAUCCUCUUCUUGUACAUUGGCACGGACCCCCGCAUCUAUUGUGGCAAAAUCAAAGGGUGACCCAGCCCGGCAAACAUCGUGCACUCCAGGCCCAAAGGCCCAAAAGGAUUUUAUGACUGACUUCCAUGAAGCCACACGGAUUGACCAGGCUCAAGCUCAGCAAGAGGCACAAUACCACCAUGUGCAGCAAAUGGCAUGA